AUGAGCGUGGGCGAUCGCCGCAGUGCCAGCCCCAGCAGCAACGUUCCCCUCGGCGUCGCUCUCCUGGUCAACGCGAGCUUCGCCGCCACGGAGCUGGCGAUCAGCUGUCGCCUGCGAGCCCCCGCUCUCCCCGUCACCGAUCUCCCCAAGAUCGGGCAGCCCAGCGCUCACCGCGAGCGCGAUCCCCCGCGCAGCGCUCUCCGCGUCGAUUUCCGGCGAGGCAGGGGAGGGGUUCUCUGGGCGACGAUGGGAUUCUGGGCGCCGCGAGCAAUCCCCCCCGCGUCCGCACUCGGCGGGCUCUGGUGGCCGUCGGGGUCGGCGGAAUGGAGCGGGUCGCGGCGGAGCUGGUCGCGGGGAGGAUCCUGCGCCCCUGACGUCGCGGCCCCUCUGCGCGCGCCGGUAUUGAGCAAGUAUCUGCCCGCGCGGGAGGGGAGGGCGCUGUUCCGCACCCCUCGGCAGGUCCCUGGCUUCUCCGUGCAGCCCUUCUCGGGAGGCCGACUUCCGGGCCGGGAGACAGCGUAUCAGCGUGAGGCUCCGAUUGCACCUCCCCCCACUCGUGCGGGGAGAGACCCCAUGCUGACCAUGUGCCGGACGCUGAAUCUUGCGGAGGCGUGCGAGGUGGUGGCGAACUUGCAGAUGGCGGUCUGUGGGGCCAUGCGAAACUCUCCGGGCAGUUUCGCUCCAGGUCCCCGAGGAUCGUGCGCGACCUGGGCAGAAGCCCUCGCCCCGCUAUUGGCGCCCGUGUCGGAAGCGCCCGCCGGGGUAGCGCCCUUAGCGCGUACCUUCCCCCGCCACGUGGAGGAUCUUCUUGUGGCCGCCCAAGAGGGGACCCCGGCGCUGGACUACAUGCGCGCCAUGGAGGGAAAGAAGUGCAUCGUGGUGCACUGCACUGCCCCUUCAAAGUCCCUCUCACUCUCCCCUUCCCCCCAUCCCUCGCACUCUCUCCGCACUCUCUCACGGCAGGCGCUGGACUACAUGCGCGCGACAGAGCGCAAGAAGAGCAUCAUUGUGCACUGCACGCACGGGCACAACCGCACGGGCUUCAUGAUCGUCCACUUGCUCAUGCGCGCCAUGGGGGGCCACGUGGCAGAGAGGCUAGCGGAAUUCGCAGAGGCGCGCCCUCCAGGAAUAUACAAGGAGGAGUACAUUCAAUCGCUCUUCACCUUCUACCACGAGCGGCGCCCCGAGGCGGUGAUCUGCCCGCCCACGCCCGAGUGGAAGGCCACCUUUGACCUGGACCUCGAUCUCAACGUGGCCUUAGAGAUGGACGAGGAGGACGCGGGUGGGGGCUCAGGCAGUGGUGGUGGCGAUGAUGGAAAUGAGGAGUGUGGCGCUGCUGUGCUGCCAGAGCUGGUGAGCCUGUCACCCUUUGAAUCUGUUCCUGUAGGUGGUGGUGGUGGGGACGACGGGAAGGAGGAGUGUGGCGCUGCUGUUUUGCCAGAGCCGGUGAGUGGAUCACUCGAGCAGGUGGUGAGUGUGGACGGGAAGGCCACGUUCGACCUGGACCUUGAUCUUAACGUCGCCUUGGAGAUGGACGACGAGGAGGCUGCUGAAGGGGGGGGGGAGGGAGGGGAGGGGACGACGGCAACGAGGAGUGCGGCGCUGCCGUCCUGCCAGAGCCUGUGA